GUGCAAACGUCGGCGAGCGGCGCUGUUCUCGGUUGUCUGGUCCCAGCAGCUAGAUGUGGGGUGUUACCUCCUCACGUUUUUUCCGCGGGUGGCCGAAGUGUGUUUGAAUCUUGUCCGCCAGCUCUUAGCGAGGGGCAGUUCUGAAGAAAACGGAGCCUGGGGUGAUGGCGCCAUUGCGUCCCGGAACCUUCUCCUGACGCCUCGGUUGCGCGGGGGAAUGUGGACGCUUGCAGGUCAGGGUUGGUGGCGCGGACGCGCGCUCGCGGCCUGGGUCACCGAGGCGGCGCGUAAGGGGCGUCUCUGGCCUCACCUCGCGCCGGCCCGGGGGACUGCAGCCGAGUCCAGGGCUCCGGACCGGUGCUACAGCUCUGCAGACCGCAAGGAAAAAAUUGAUAUGUCUUGUUUUCCUGUUGAAAACACUAGAAAUUUCAGUAUCAUUGCACAUGUGGAUCAUGGCAAAAGUACUUUAGCAGACAGGCUCCUGGAACUAACAGGGGCAAUUGAUAAAACAAAAAAUAAUAAACAAGUUCUUGAUAAAUUGCAAGUGGAACGAGAAAGAGGAAUCACUGUUAAAGCACAGACAGCAUCUCUCUUCUAUAACUAUGAAGGAAAGCAGUACCUUUUAAAUCUUAUCGAUACACCGGGUCAUGUUGAUUUUAGUUAUGAAGUAUCCAGGUCACUCUCUGCUUGCCAAGGUGUUUUACUUGUGGUUGAUGCAAAUGAGGGUAUUCAAGCCCAAACGGUAGCGAACUUCUUUCUUGCCUUUGAAGCACAGCUAUCAAUAAUUCCAGUUAUAAACAAGAUAGAUCUGAAGAAUGCUGAUCCUGAAAGGGUUGAAAAACAAAUUGAAAAGGUGUUUGAUAUUCCAGGUGACGAAUGUAUUAAGAUUUCUGCUAAACUUGGAACGAAUGUGGAAAGUGUUCUUGAUGCAGUCAUCAAAAGGAUACCCUCUAUUUGUUCUUUACUUAUUUUUAAUAGUCCUAAAGCGCAUUGCAGAAAUCCCCUGAGAGCCCUGGUAUUUGACUCCACCUUUGACCAGUAUAGGGGUGUGAUUGCCAAUGUAGCAUUAUUUGAUGGAGUGGUUUCGAAAGGAGAUAAAAUUGUAUCUGCACACACUCAAAAGACAUAUGAAGUUAAUGAAGUAGGAGUUCUGAAUCCUAAUGAGCAGCCAACUCAUAAACUAUAUGCAGGACAGGUGGGCUAUCUGAUUGCUGGGAUGAAAGAUGUCACUGAAGCACAAAUAGGAGAUACAUUAUAUUUACAUAAACAACCAGUGGAACCCUUGCCUGGGUUUAAAUCAGCGAAGCCAAUGGUAUUUGCAGGAAUGUACCCUGUAGACCAAUCUGAAUAUAAUAACCUGAAGAGUGCUAUAGAAAAACUGACACUAAAUGAUUCCAGUGUGGUGGUUCAUCGGGAUAGUAGCCUUGCUCUAGGUGCUGGCUGGAGGUUAGGAUUUCUUGGACUUUUGCACAUGGAAGUUUUCAACCAGCGACUAGAACAAGAAUAUAAUGCUUCUGUUAUUUUGACAACCCCUACUGUUCCAUAUAAGGCUGUUCUUUCAUCAGCAAAAUUGAUAAAGGAAUACAGAGAAAAGGAGAUUACAAUCAUCAAUCCUGCACAAUUCCCUGAUAAGUCAAAAGUAACAGAAUAUUUGGAGCCAGUUGUUUUGGGUACCAUUAUCACACCAGAUGAAUAUACUGGGAAAAUAAUGAUGCUUUGCCAGGCUCGAAGAGCAGUUCAGAAGAAUAUGAUGUAUAUUGAUCAAAAUAGAGUAAUGCUUAAAUAUCUCUUCCCUUUGAAUGAAAUUGUGGUGGAUUUUUAUGAUUCUUUGAAAUCUCUGUCUUCAGGAUAUGCUAGUUUUGAUUACGAAGAUGCAGGCUACCAGACUGCAGAACUUGUAAAAAUGGAUAUUCUACUGAAUGGAAAUAUUGUAGAAGAGCUAGUAACUGUUGUACACAAAGACAAAGCAUACUCUAUUGGCAAAGCCAUAUGUGAACGUCUCAAGGAUUCUCUUCCUAGGCAGCUGUUUGAGAUAGCAAUUCAAGCUGCCCUUGGAAGUAAAAUCAUUGCAAGAGAAACAUAAAACAAAGAUUAGGACUCUUUCUACCAUGGAAGAGCUCACAAGAUAUGGAUAGACAAGUACUAAAUAACCAUAACACAAGGAAAAAUAUUAUAAAAUAAACUAUAAGAGAUCUGGAGAAGCAUAACUAAUCAAAGGAAAGACUACAGUCUUGGUUGUUGAAAGGAGGAUCAAAAAUAGCAUUUCAAUGGAGUCUUUGAAGAAGAGGUGAAAUUCCCACAAUCAAAGAAUGGGGUAAGUCUUGACUGAAAAUAGAAAAAAGAUGGGGGAGGUUCAGAGAUGACAUUUGUAUGCCUACCAUGUACUAGAUGCUACACUGGUGUUUCAUCUGUUAGCUAAUGUAGGUCUCACAAGUCUGGGAAACUGGCAUCAUGUUUCCCAUUUUGAAGGUGAAAGAACUGGGUCAAAAAAAUUAAGGAAUGUGUGAAAUAUCACACACAUGGUAGUGAAGUCAGAGAUUUAAGAGAUUCUGCCUGGUUCUGGAGCUCACAAAAUUUUUAUUAUACAGCACAUUAGCAACACUAGUGAAAGGAAAGCCAGCAAGUUCAGGCCUGUUCUUUCAGUUAUUCAAUUACAAGCAGUCUAACUUGCCUACCAUGAUUCAGUGUAGGGGAAUGGUGGGAGUUAAAUCUGGGAGGCAGCUCAGGCCCACAGCAUGCAGGCCCUUAAAUGUCAUGCUUGUCAACAUCACUUCAAUAAAUACAUACUGAAGAGAUAUUCCCCAGAACUGUGCUUGACUGUACUUGUAUGAGUGUGCAUGCACAGUUGUUUCCGACUCUGCGACCCCAUGGGUUAUAGCCUGCCAGGCUGCUCUGUCCAUGGCCUUUUCCAGGCAAGAAUACUGGAGUGGGCUGCCAUUUCCUACUCCAGGGGAUCUUCUCCACCAAGGAAUCAAAUCCGAGUCUUCUGUGUCUCCUGCAUUGGCAGACAGAGAUUCUUUACCACUGUGCCACCUGGGAAGCCCCAGAAUUGUGCUUGGUGCAGCAUAAUUAUAAUACAGCAUGUUAUUUACAAUUACAGAAAUGUAUGUUCACAUUUCAAAAGCACAGGGGUGAGGAUGGGGCAUGAUUAACACUGUCACUGGUCAAUGAAGGAGAAAAGAGAUAAAUGUCAACAGAAGUUUUUCAGAGAUCAACCUUUGGCAGGUGUAUUAUUAAGUAGUUAUGCUAUCCAAAAUAAUGCAAAAGGGUUGUAUAUUUAAAUACACACAAAAAAUGUUUACCAUUGCUGGUGUUUAUGACUCUGAAGUCUUUCUGUCCCCACACUCAAAUUACUGUUUAUUGCUUCACAAUUAACACAGAGUGAUUAAGGCAGCUAGUCUGAGCAUGGCCUAGGUUCAUACAAGGCAAACGGAUACAGAGGUCUUAUUCAAACACUGCAGCUCACAUAUCAAAACUGGGGGUGCAAAAGGGCCCACUUCCAGUGUACACAAUUAAAAAAAAAAUUGCUCUUUGCCAUUCUCACCAAGAACUACUGUCAUAGACCAAAAAACAAAACAACAAACAAAAAUAACAACUUGGUGAGUCAGAGUACCCUUCAUGGAAAUUAUGCAAGUGAAAAAAAUUAUGACUGUAGCUUUUAUGAGUUGACAUGUAUAGGGGAAGGCAAAAAAGGAGAAAAUGCUGUUUAAAUAAAACACAUUUAUGAGAAUCUUAAAGUUAUAUAGUGUUUACAAUAUAUAAAGGACUUUCUCUUAUUUGAGCUGCAAAACAACACUGUAAGCUAUUAAUUUCCUUACUUUCAUUAGGUAAGGAAAACAAAAAUUAGGGUGUAGAAUAAAUGCCCUGCAGUCAUCAAAACAAUAACAGCUUUCAUCCCAGAACCAAUACUCUUUUCUGUGGAAGUCAAAACAUCAAAUAAAAGUGCCAUGGUAUCAAUGACACUACUUGGUUAUUUUUAAAGAAAAAACCUUAACAGAGAACUAAAUCCAGCAAAAUAUAUAAUUAAUGCUUAUGUUCCUUCUGUCAUGAAGACAGACACAUCAGUCUUCAAUUUUUCAGUUAUAUUUCUAAAAUAGAAAGAAAAUAAUCACAGAAAUAGCAAAGAGCUAAUAAGAUGAUAUGGAGAAGGAAAUGGCAACCCACUCCAGUACUCUUGCCUCGAAAAUUCCAUGGAUGGGGGAUCCUGGUAGGCUACAG